GCCUCCACAAACGUCUCCCGGCCCUUCUUUCCUCGGAAUCCCGCGGUGCCCAAAUAAACAGUCGUUCUCCAAUGCCUUCCGCCCCCUUUCUCCAAUCCUCUCUGCCAUGUCCGGUGUAAGGCAGAGAGCGAGAGAGAGGAAGAAGCUGUAAAUAAAGGAGAGAGAGGAAAAAAGGCUUUCCUCCUCAAAAAGGAAAAUAAACAGCUACUUCGUCGACCAUGUCGUCGGCGUUCGGCGACUUCGGCCCGCUCACGGAGCGCCGCAAAGCCGAGAAGGCGCGGCAGACCCGCAAACGCCUUAUGAUCGCGGGCGGGGUGAUCGCCGUCAUACUCAUUGUCUGUGGCAUCGCCGUCAUGUACAACAAUAAAAAGGACGAGAAAGGCGGAGGGUCGGGCAGCAAGAAGGGCUCGUCCUCGUCCAAGGGCAAGUCCGGCGGCGGCGACGACUCCGACGCUGAUUCCGACGGAGGAUCUGGCUCGCCGGCGGACCUAAAAGCCGUGUCGAAGACCAUCGCGUUUGUGUGCAAGCAGACGGACUUCCAGGACGUGUGCCAGGAUAGCCUGACAAAGUGCGUGAACGCGAGCGCCUCGUCGCCCUUGGACGUGGUGCGCUCUGCCGUGCAGGUGAUAGGCGAAGCCAUCUCCCAGGCGUUCGACCGCGCCGACCUGAUCAUGAGCAACGACCCCCUGGUGAAGAACGCCGUGGCCGACUGCAAGGAGUUCUUUGUGUGGGCCAAGGACGAGCUCAACCACACGCUCAGUGGCAUGGACAGCAAGGACAGCCUCACCAAGCAGGGGUACCAGCUGCGCAUCUGGCUCAGCGCCGUGGUCGCGCACCAGGAGACGUGCAUCGACGGCUUCCCCGACGGGGAGUUCAAGGACAAGGUGAAGGAAUCCUUCGUCAAGGGGAAGGAGCUCACCAGCAACGCCAUGGCGCUCAUCGAGAAGGCCUCCACCUUCCUCGCCGGCUUCAAGCUCCCCAAGCGCCGCCUUCUCGAAGCUGAGGAGGAGCCACGGCGUGCCGAGCCGGUGCUCGGGGAGGAUGGUAUCCCGGAGUGGGUUCCCGAGAGCGAACGGAGGGUUCUCAAGGGCGGCGGGUUCAAGGCCGACAUCAAGCCCACCGUGACGGUGGCCAAGGACGGCAGCGGCAAGUUCAAGACCAUCAACGAGGCUCUCACUGCCAUGCCAAAGACCUACGAUGGAAGAUAUAUCAUCUACGUCAAGGAAGGCGUGUACGAGGAGUAUGUUACAAUCACAAGACAGAUGCCGAACGUGACCAUGACCGGGGACGGUUCCAAGAAGACCAUCGUCACCGGUAAAAAGAACUUCAUCGACGGCAUCACCACCUUCAAGACCGCAACUUUCUCCGCGCUAGGCGACGGGUUCAUGGCGAUCGGGAUAGGGUUCGUGAACACGGCGGGCGCGGAGAAGCACCAGGCGGUGGCGCUGCUGGUCACGUCCGACAAGUCCAUCUUCCUCAACUGCAAGAUGGACGCGUUCCAGGAUACGCUCUACGCGCACUCCAAGGCCCAGUUCUACCGCAACUGCAUCAUCUCCGGCACCGUCGACUUCAUCUUCGGCGACGCGGCGGCCGUGUUCCAGAACUGCAUCAUCACGCUCCGUCGCCCGAUGGACAACCAGCAGAACAUCGUCACCGCGCAGGGCCGCGCCAUCGGACGGGAGGCCACGGGGUUCGUGCUCCAGAAGUGUGAGUUCAACGGUGAGACCGCGCUCACGGCGCCGGGGAAACCACCCAUUAAGAACUACCUCGGCCGGCCAUGGCGCGAGUUCUCGCGCACCAUCAUCAUGGAGUCCGAGAUCCCAGCCAUCAUCGACAAGGCCGGGUACAUGCCGUGGCAGGGCGACUUCGCUCUCAAGACGCUCUUCUAUGCCGAGUAUGGCAACAAGGGCCCCGGAGCCGACACGGCAGGACGCGUCAACUGGCCGGGGUACAAGAAGACGAUAAGCAAGCAGGAUGCGACGCAGUUCACCUUGGAGAACUUCCUCCACGCGCAGCCGUGGAUUGACCCAACCGGCACGCCGGCCAAGUACGACUUCUUCGGAUGAAGGGACUGCAAGCACAUGCCUUCGUGAUGGGGCGAUCGAGGAGGCCAUAGGGGAUUGGAGGAAGGGGUGCGGGGUACAAUCUUGGUGGAAUUGGAUUAUUGCCAUGCAUGUAUGCGCGCUUGUUUUUGAGAGGUGUUUAAAUCCGGCGAUGCACGCGCGCAUGUGUGUCUAGUUUUACUUUGUGUUUGUAUACUGGCUCAUAUACGUGUUUCUUGUACUUGUACAUGUAUUUCAUUUUUUUUACGA